AUGAAACUCUGGGGUCCUUUGUUGAAAAUUGGUGAAUCUCAACACAGCAACAACAGAGCAUUGAAGCAAGCCGAGGGCCCUCUGCGCACAGGCCCCCGCAGGGCUGCACAGGCCGCACCCCGGGGCCGGCCUUGGCCAGCAUCUCACGGCCUGUCACACGAGGGCCCCGAGCCCUCGGGGGCUGACCUGCCCCUGGAGGAGGACAGAAACUCUCAGUUUAAAGUGGCCUCAGAUGUCUUCCAGCCCACAUCCAUCCAGGGCAGGACUAUCCACCAGAGCAUCCUCCCGCCCACAUUCACCCAGGGCCGCACAGUUCACCGGAGCAUCCCUGCCAGAUGGUCAGCCAGCUUUUCCUUGUUGCCGCCACUGGACCAAAAGGCAGAAUCUCCUUGA